GAAUGUGUGUGUGUGGGAAAUUGUGUCGUUUGUGAUUUUUCGGGAAAAUUGAGUGAAAAUCAGGCAUUUUCUGCUGUGAAAAUACACCACGAUGGCGACCCAGAAGCCCGGGGAGUGGGCUAAUUCACUGCUGAUGCGUUUCGAGGAGCAGCUGCCAUACCGAAUGAUUGGGACAAAUACCAGCCAAAUGGCACAGUCACGAAUGACACUGGACCAGACGAUGGCGUACCUCAUCCCAAUUUCCCGCUAUCGCUUCAGUUUAGUCAUCUCCGGGCUCACGAAGAUGCUCCAGCGUGUGAAUGACACGUUCCAGAACCCACAGAAUCGGCAGGAGCACACGGAGAAGUAUUGCUACGAUUCCCUCAUUAUAAUCCUCACAACUCUGGAGCGAUGCCUCUCGAGUCAGACCAAAGAUACCGCCCGCUACGACGAGGCGAUGAACGUGAAGCUCCUCCUGCGAGAGAUUUGCCAAUUUAUCGAUGUUCAGAGUGAGAAUAACCCAAAUGCCACUUCGCUGAAGGCCCUGGCGUCGAAGGUACUCUUUGCACUGUCCCAGAAUCACUUCAGUGCUGUGUUCAAUCGUAUCUCAGCGCGUCUCCAGGAGCUGAGUGCGUGCUCCGAAGAGAAUCCCGAUUACAGUGACAUUGAGCUGAUUCAGCACAUUGAUUUGGAUGUUAUUCGUCUCACAAAACUCCUCACGGAGACACUCCUCAAGUUCCGACUCUUGAAGAAGUCAGCCCACCUUAUUCUCCUGAAUUCCCUCGAGAAGGCCAUGUGGACGUGGAUUGAAUUCCACCCGCAUGAAUUUGCCGAACUCCAGCGCAAUCCCAAUGAUGAGCUGUCCAAGUGCUGUGAGCAACUUUUUGACAUUCUCGACUUGUAUGCGGAGAACAAGAAGAGUCGCUCAGCUGUGUGGCCACUGCAGAUUCUCCUCCUUAUUCUCUGCCCCAAAGUCCUCGAGGAGAUUGUCAAUGCCGAUUCGGGGGCUCCGUGUUCGGUGUGUCACCUCAAGAAGAGGCAUUUCGUUGAGGGAAUCAAGAAGGGUCUGGGCUCCCAUGCAUCGUCAAAGCAACUCACUGAAUCUGCAGCUAUUGCCUGCGUGAAACUCUGCAAAGCAUCCACAUACAUCAACAUUGCAGACUCCAAUAAUGUGAUCUUUCAGCUCGUUCAGAGCGUCAUCAACGAUCUCAAGGCUUUACUCUUCAACCCAUCGAAACCAUUUUUACGCGGACAGGGCUACAGUUUUCAGGAUAUCGACCUCAUGAUUGACUGCUGGGUCUCCUGUUUCCGCAUUAAACCGCACAACAACGAAGCACUGAAGGUGUGUCUCAGUCUCUCAUCGCAUUCUGCCUAUCAUUUUGUCAUCAUCAGCUCUCUCCUCAAAAUCGUUACUCAGCCCCGCCUUCCGUGGUGGCCACAAAUUGACUUGGUCUACGCACGAUCGGGUGAGCUACGGGCUCUCUUUACGGAUACACUCAAUAAAGCCACACAGGGGUACAUUGCACACACCCCCCUGCGAAUGAUCACGUCGCUUACGCUGAAAUCCAAAGACGCACAGAGUAGAUUAACCCGCCCCGAAGAGGGUCCAGCGCACAAAGCUCUUCUCCUUCUCCUUGUACGUCUCAUCCAUGCUGACCCGAUGCUGCUGCUGAAUAGCCUCGGGAAGGCUGGGCAUGAGGUGCAGAGUAGCACGUUGGAGCUCAUCAAUGGCCUCGUGAGUCUCGUGCACCAACCAACGAUGCCCGAUGUGGCACAAGAAGCCAUGGAGGCACUCCUGGCGCUCCAUUCUCCGGAUAAAAUUGAAGUUUGGAACCCCGAAGCGCCCAUUAAUACCUUCUGGGAUGUCAGUUCGCAAGUUCUCUUCUCAAUCUCACAGAAGCUGAUCCAACAUCAAAUUGCCAACUAUGCGGACGUGCUGAAAUGGAUGCGAGAGAUCCUAAUCUGUCGAAAUACCUUCCUGCAGCGGCACAAGGACUAUGCAAAUGUUGGCAGUCAAAUUGCCAUUUGCAAGCAUGCAAAUAUAAAGCUCGAAGUUGUCUUCUUCACGUACUUGUGGUCAGUGGACUUGGACUCAAUUAUCACAUCCCUGUCGUGCUUUGGGCUACUCUGUGAGGAAGCGGAGAUUCGUUCGGGAAGCGAUGAGCUCACUGUGACGACUAUUCUGCCAAAUUAUCACCUCUUCCAGGAACUAACUGUGGCCUCGAGUGCUCUCACCACAUCCGGCACAGAGUCCAAGUUUUGCUUCUUUGACCACACACAGGGACGCGUGGCGCUGCAAAAGCACAUCUUCUGUCUCCUCCGGAAGAUUGAGCACUGCGCCAAUGGGGUUCAGCCUGCGUGGGAGGAGACCUACCGUUGUUGGGAGGCACAGAGUAAGCUCCUGCAGACAUAUCCAAAAGGCAAGACGGAAGAUGGGCAGGCGGAGAUGUUUCACAGAGGAAUGGGAAAGCGCAGGGCGAGUCAUCAGAGUACGGAGCAUGAUCUCGAUGAGCAAAUCACAGAGUGGGCCAACAUGACCUGGUUCCUCCUGACCAUUGGUGGGGUCUGCCUCAAAUCGACGGCUCAGAAUCAGCUGGAGAAUAAUAAUGUGAAGUUGUCGCGAAUAAAUAAAACAUCGCAGACAAAUUGCUCAAUGACCUCUCUUGCGCACUCCACGUCAUCCCUGUCGAGUUCCACGAGCUCCGGAAGGGGUUCCCUGCAUCCCAGUACUCAGCCAUCAACGUCUGCAGCGGCAAAUUCAAAGGAUGAGCAGAAGAAGGAGCAUGAGAAGAGUGAGAAGUCAACGCAGGAGAAUCUCUUUUGUCCUGUGACGCAAUUCAUUGGGCAAUUGCUGCGUCUGCUGGUGUGUAAUAAUGAGAAGUUUGGGCAGCAGAUACAGAAGCACGUGAAGGAGUUGAUUGGGCAGCAGAUGACACCGCAGCUGUAUCCGAUUCUCUUCGAGCAGAUUCGAUCAAUUGUGGAGAAGUUCUUCGAUCAGCAGGGCCAGGUGAUUGUGACGGAUAUUAAUACGCAAUUCAUUGAGCACAGCAUCUACAUCAUGAAGAGUAUCCUGGAUGGGAAGAAGGAGAAGGAUCAGAAUGAUCAGCCAUCGCCCAAUGAGCACCUCUGUGUGACGAGUAUUGAGGGGAUGAUGUUGGGUAUUGUGCGGUAUGUCCGGCACUUGGAUAUGACAGUUCAUGCCAUUCACAUCAAGACAAAACUCUGCCAGCUGGUGGAGGUGAUGAUGAAGCGGCGGGAUGAUUUGGCUUUCCGGCAGGAGAUGAAGUUCCGGAAUAAGCUUGUUGAGUACCUGACGGACUGGGUGAUGGGCACAUCGCAUCAGAUUGCUCCUCCCAGUUCGGGAGAUGUUACGAUAAUUACACGAGAUCUCGAUCAGGCGUGCAUGGAAGCCGUGGCAGCUCUCCUGCGGGGACUUCCGCUGCAACCUGAGGAGUCUGAUCGGGGGGAUCUCAUGGAUGCCAAGAGUGCGCUCUUCCUCAAGUAUUUCACGCUCUUUAUGAAUUUGUUGAGUGAUUGUGUGGACACAGUUGAGGGGGAGAAAGAUCCAACGAAUCCACCACUUCCACCACGUCCCCGGAUGGCAGCAGGGAAGCUUCGUACCCUGCGGAAUGCAACAAUUCAAGCCAUGUCGAAUCUCCUGAGUGCCAAUAUUGAUUCCGGGCUCAUGCACUCCAUUGAUUUGGGCUACAAUCCGGAUUUGCAGACCCGGGCGGCUUUUAUGGAAGUUCUAACGCAGAUCCUGCAGCAGGGCACGGAAUUCGAUACAUUGGCUGAGACUGUGCUGGCAGAUCGAUUUGAACAGCUCGUACAGCUGGUUACAAUGAUAAGUGACAAAGGGGAGCUCCCAAUUGCCAUGGCUCUGGCCAAUGUGGUAACAACGCUGCAAAUGGAUGAGCUGGCGAGAGUUCUCGUGACGCUCUUUGAUGCCAAACAUCUCCUCUCGCCAUUGCUGUGGAAUAUGUUCUACCGGGAAGUUGAGGUGUCCGAUUGCAUGCAGACGCUCUUCCGGGGGAAUUCCCUUGGAAGCAAAAUCAUGGCUUUUUGCUUCAAGAUCUACGGUUCAAGCUACCUUCAGAGUCUCCUGGAGCCACUGAUAAGGCCCCUCCUGGAGGAACACACGGCAAGUUUUGAAGUAGAUCCAGCCAGGCUAGAGCCCAAUGAGGACAUUGAGCAAAAUCGGAAGAAUCUCACAAUUCUCACGCAGAAAGUAUUCGAUGCAAUAAUCAAUUCAGCGGAGAGAUUCCCACCGCAGCUGAGGUCCAUGUGUCACUGCCUGUAUCAGGUGUUGAGUAAGAGAUUCCCAAAUGUUCUGCAGAAUAAUAUUGGGGCCGUGGGGACGGUGAUCUUCCUGAGAUUCAUCAAUCCAGCCAUUGUUUCGCCACAAGAGUUGGGAAUUGUGGGUAAACAGGUGCCAAUUUCCGUUAAACGAGGACUGAUGCUGAUGUCCAAGAUUCUGCAGAAUAUCGCCAAUCACGUGGAGUUCUCCAAGGAGCAGCAUAUGCUGUGUUUCAAUGAUCUUCUCAGGGCGAACUUUGAGACAGGACGAAGGUUCUUCAUUCAAAUUGCCUCAGAUUGCGAGACAGUUGAUCAGACGUCGCACAGUAUGAGUUUUAUCUCAGAUGCGAAUGUUUUGGCACUUCAUCGGCUACUGUGGACGCAUCAGGAGAGGAUUGGGGAUUACCUGUCGAGUAGUCGGGAUCACAAAGCCGUGGGAAGGAGGCCAUUCGAUAAAAUGGCAACACUUUUGGCUUAUUUGGGACCUCCGGAGCACAAACCCAUUGAUUCUCAUUUGCUGUUUUCUUCCUACGCACGAUGGAGUUCAAUUGAUAUGUCAUCGACGAAUUUUGAGGAAAUCAUGGUGAAGCAUCAAAUGCACGAGAAGGAGGAAUUUAAGACUCUCAAGUCAAUGAAUAUCUUCUAUCAAGCUGGAACAAAUAAGGACAACCAUCCUGUCUUUUACUACAUCGCCAGGAGAUACAAGAUUGGGGAGACAAAUGGAGAUCUCCUAAUUUAUCAUGUAAUCCUCACAUUGAAGCCCUUCUGCCACUCCGCCUUUGACGUGGUGAUUGAUUUUACGCACACCUGUUCGGAUAAUCGUUUCCGCACGGAAUUCCUCCAGAAGUGGUUUUAUGUCCUUCCGGAGGUGGCCUAUGAGAAUGUCGUGCGCGUUUACAUUUACAACUGCAAUUCCUGGGUGCGGGAAUAUACGAAAUUCCACGAUAGGAUCCUCGCGCCACUGAAGGGGAAUAAGAAGCUCUACUUCCUGGAUUCUCCGCAAAAAUUAGCCGAGUACAUUGACAUUGAUCAUCAGAAACUGCCCGGGGCGACGUUGUCACUCGAUGAGGAUCUCAAAGUGUUCAACAAUGCCCUCAAAUUGAGUCACAAAGACACCAAAGUCGCCAUCAAGGUGGGUCCAACGGCCCUACAGAUCACCUCGGCGGAAAAGACGAAGGUCUUGGCGCAUUCAGUGCUCCUCAAUGAUGUGUACUAUGCGUCGGAAAUUGAGGAAGUUUGCCUCGUGGAUGAUAAUCAAUUCACCCUGUCCAUUGCCAAUGAGAGUGGGCAGUUGAGCUUCAUUCACAAUGACUGCGAUAACAUCGUGCAGGCCAUCAUUCACAUACGCAAUCGCUGGGAACUGAGUCAGCCGGAUUCGGUGACGGUUCAUCAGAAAAUUCGCCCCAAAGACGUUCCCGGAACACUCCUCAAUAUGGCACUACUGAAUCUCGGGUCAUCCGAUCCUAAUCUCCGGACAGCGGCCUACAAUCAGCUUUGCGCCCUCACGGCAACAUUUGACCUGAAGAUCGAAGGGCAACUCCUAGAAACUCAAGGGUUGUGCAUUCCCUCAAACAAUACGAUCUUCAUCAAGUCCGUGAGUGAGAAGUUGGCCAACAAUGAACCCCAUCUCACGCUGGAAUUCCUCGAGGAGUGCAUCCAAGGUUUCCAGAGGAGUACAAUUGAGUUGAAGCAUCUCUGCUUGGAGUACAUGACGCCGUGGUUGAAGAAUCUCGUGCGCUUCUGCAAGGCAUCCGAUGAAUCGAAAAAGCAGAAAGUUUCCCAAAUCCUCGAGAAGCUAAUUAAUCUCACCAUUGAGCAGAAGGAGAUGUAUCCGUCGAUUCAGGCCAAGAUUUGGGGAUCCAUCGGGCAGAUUCCGGAGCUCAUUGACAUGGUUUUGGAUAAUUUUAUUCACAAAUCCGUGAGUUCUGGGCUGGGAUCACCUCAAGUGGAGAUAAUGGCGGACACAGCGGUCGCCUUGGCUUCUGCUAAUGUCCAAUUGGUGGCUAAGAAAGUCAUCGGGAGGCUCUGUCGGGUAAUGGACAAAACGUGUCACUCCCCGACUCAAUUCCUGGAGCAACAUGUAAUUUUUGACGACAUCGCCAUCCUAGCGAGGUAUUUGUUGAUGUUGUCAUUCAAUAACUGCCUGGAUGUGGCACGGCAUCUGCCCUACCUAUUCCACACUGUAACAUUCUUGGUUUGCACGGGUUCACUGUCAAUGCGUGCUUCCACUCAUGGUUUGGUCAUCAACAUCAUUCAUUCCCUGUGUACAUGUACAAAGCCAUCAUUCUCAGAGGAAACCCAGAGGGUUCUCAGGUUGUCUCUCGAUGAAUUCUCCCUGCAGAAAUUCUACCUCCUUUUUGGCAUUAGCAAGGUGAAGUCAGCCGCUGUUACAGCUUUCCGUUCUAGCUGUCGCCAUCCCAAUGAUCGUUGGCUUGGAAAUGAGAGAGUUUCACAAGCUCCACCGUCGGACAGGGAACGCCUAGCCCUGCCAUCGCUAGAAGUCAUAACUGACGCCCUGCUGGAGAUAAUGGAAGCCUGCAUGAGGGAUAUUCCUGAUUGCGAUUGGCUCCAAACAUGGACAUCAUUGGCGAAGAGUUUCGCCUUCUGCUACAAUCCAGCUCUUCAGCCGAGAGCUCUCAUUGUGUACGGGUGCAUCAGUAAGAGUGUCACGGAUCAGGAUGUAAAGCAACUCCUGAGGAUUCUCGUGAAAGCUCUGGAAUCCUUUACGGAUAUCACAUUGAUUGAAGCUUUAGUUAUGUGUUUAACACGCUUGCAACCACUUCUACGACCUGAAUCGCCAAUUCAUCGAGCUCUCUUCUGGGUUGCUGUGUCUGUACUGCAGCUGGAUGAAAUUACCCUCUAUGCUGCUGGCUUGGCUCUUCUGGAGCAAAAUUUGCACACACUGAAUUCGCAAAAUAUGUUUGAGAAACAGAGUUUAAUGGAUGCCAUGAUGGCAACGCGAGAACCGCUGGAAUGGCACUUUAAGCAGCUUGAUCAUGCUGUGGGGCUUUCAUUUAAGAGUAAUUUCCAUUUUGCUCUGGUUGGACAUCUUCUCAAAGGGUUCCGGCAUCCAACACCGACCACUGUGUCACGAACUUCUCGUGUGCUGACCAUGUUGCUGGGAAUUAUUGCCAAACCACUGCGGAGAGAUAAGUUUGAGGUGACACCAGAUAGUGUGGCCUACCUCACGGCACUUGUAGCUGUGUCGGAGGAGGUGCGUUCACGUUGUCAUGUCAAGCACACACUGUCACGAUGGCCCGGAGAGGCCAAUCCCAACGAUAUAAGUGAUACAACGAACAUAUCGGCACAAAGUAUGGGAAUGCCCCUGUCGCGUCGCCAGAAAUCCUGGGAUAUCCUAGAUCAGUCUGCCAUUGCGUAUGCACGUCAACAUAAAAUUCAACCGCACCAGGAUCCAGCAAUCAAGGACAAAUCAUGGCGGAGCUUAGAUUUGAGUCAUGGUCUGACCCUGGGCAGCCAGUUAGGCCAUUUACCAAAUUCCAAUCUAAUCACAGCAAAUGCAACAAGCGCAGCCACAUCGCCGAACCCCAUUGGCGGCGGCGUCCACUUUGGCGCCCCGUCGGCGUCCACUGCCGUGGCGCACGCCGCCGCCGCAUACAGUGGCCACCGGCAUGAAUUUAAAAAUCGUAGAUCAUCAUCCGAACCCGUGCACAAUGCCGUCAUGCCAAUUGGCAGUGCCGAAGACACUGCCCAGGCAGCAUCCUCCAAAAAUAGUAGUGACUUUAUCGAUUGCCUACAAAAUAUCUCACCGAUUAAAGAGCGAGGAUCACGAUCAUCAGUAUCAAAUGAAUCCAAUGUACUUCUCGAUCCGGAAGUUUUGCCAGAUCUCUCAACUCAGGCACUCGUACUCACUGUUCUCGCCACACUCGUGAAGUAUUCCACGGAUGAGGCUGAAACGAGGGUUCUCUAUCAGUAUUUGGCCGAGGGAUCAGUUGUCUUUCCCAAAGUCUUUCCAGUUAUACAUUCUCUCCUCGAUCAGAAGAUCAACAACGUCCUGUCAGUUUCGAGUGAUCAGGUGGUCUUAAUGGCCGUGCAGAGCAUCAUUCAGAACAUGCUGGCCACUGAGGAUCCAUCACAGCAGCAACUUCACUUCCUCCAGAGCUGUGGCUUUGGUGGUUUGUGGCGAUUUGCCGGACCUUUCACCAAGGUAUUUCAGUACACAAUGAUGGGAGAAUCUUCGGAGCUCUUUGUGAAUUGUCUGGAAGCAAUGGUGGAAACUUGCUUGCCCGUUGAGGAGACUACACCGACUAUCCCGCCGCCACGUCCGUACAAUCUCAGCUCCAGCUUGAGCAGUUUAACGCUGGGAUCACCCACGGACAAAGCAUUCAAUCUCAAAGCUUUCUCCUCGGAAUCCCUGGAUAAUGAUGGCUUAACUGGAAGUGUGAGCUCCCUCAGGAGGGCCUCAUGCAGCAAAGUUCGUACGGCAAAGCAUCCCCAUGGCCUCGGCUAGAGAUGUGGUGAACCGCCUUGGAGGAGGAAUUUUAAUCACCGAAGGGCAUUGAAUUUUUACUAUUUUAUUGAAAAUUUCUACUUAUCGAUGUGGAAUUGUUUUGGAAGCAAAUUGAUGUGAUAAUGUUACAAGGGGUUUGUUGGGGUGGAGAGGGGCGAAUCUUUAAUGUUUCUUAUUAUUUUUUAGAUAAAUGAGAGAAUUGCGAACGUCCUUAGAAAUCAGGGGAAAGAGAAAGAUGCUACAAAGAUUUUUUUUAUUAAACAAAAAAAUAAAGUUCAUUUCUUCUCUUCGCGAAUUAUAUCAACUUAAAAGAAAAUAUUAUAAAAGAAAAAAAUCUGUUUUUAUUACAUCGCAAAACAAAGUAUAAAAAAAUAGCGAUAGAGUUAUAUUAAUAAUAGUAAAUGUAUUGUGAUGAUAAAAAAAGGAAGAUACAAAAAAGAAUCUCGUGGGAGUAUUUAGGACAAAAAAAAAAGAAAGAAAAGCUUCAUAUACACAUCAAAAAAAAUUAUUAAAUGUGAAAAUGUGGAAAAUCUCUAACAAUCUAUAUAAUAAAGAAAGGAUUUCGUGUCUGUUCA